AUGAAUCUUGCAUUGACUCUGUUCGUAUGUGUCCUUCAAGGGAUAUGUGGACAGGAGACUACAACAGAUCCAGUGACGACUGGAGGGGAAAAUAUAACAAGUCUGGGUGUCCAACCCUCAAUAAAGCUUGGAUAUGCUCUGCUGCUCAUCCUCGGCUUUGGCGUGUUCUCUGUGGUUGUUGCUAUCGCUUUCAAUCUUGUAAGAAAGAAAGUGUACCACGACUCUGAUAAUGUUGACACUGCGUUUGAUGCUGGUGGAAAUGUAUCAAUUGGUCUCACUGCUACCACAAUUGUUUCCCAAUGGACUUGGUCGGCUACUUUGUUGCAGUCUUCAACGGUAGCAAGCAAGUAUGGUAUAAGCGGGCCUUUCUGGUACGGGGCAGGGGCAACGAUACAGAUCUUAAUGUUUGCAACGUUGUCAAUCCAACUAAAGACAAAGGCCCCUGGUGCAAAAACGUUUUUACAGGUGAUCAGGGCAAGGUUUGGUAAGAGUGCACAUAUUGUGUUCUGUGUGUUUGCCUGCGUCACCAACCUUGUUGUGAUGGUCUCUUUAUUACUAGCUGGGACAUCGGUGAUGACCAGCCUUGUCGAGGGCCUCUCCUUAGAGCUAGCCUGUCUGAUAAUGGCGGCAGUCAUGGGGUCCUAUACGCUAAUUGGAGGCUUGGGGGCAACGUUCUACGUGUCAUACUUCAACACUAGUCUCAUAUUCAGCAUGAUUAUAUUGUUGGUCAUAGAGGUGUACUAUAAUCCCAGUGGAAGAGCAAGUAACCCACUUGGAAGUCCUGAUGUGAUUUACCACUAUCUUAAUCAAACUAGGGGACCAGAUGGAAACGCUGAAAACAGCUACUUAACAUUUCUCUCAUCUGGUGGGGCCAUGUUCGGGGUUAUCAACAUCAUUGGGAAUUUCGGAACAGUGUUUUGUGAUCAGAGUUACUGGCAGAGCAGUGUGGCCGCUAAGCCUGUCCAGGGAGUCUGGGGUUUCAUUGCAGGGGGUUUAACGUGGUUCGCCAUUCCCUUCACAUUAGCUACGACAAUGGGACUAUCAUACCUCGCCUUGGGGACCCUGCGUGGGGCACCUCUACUAUCACCCGCUGAUGUAGAUAAAGGUCUGGUCCCACCCGUUGUGGCACAGGUUUUGUUGCAAGAGUCUGGGGAGUACGUGCUUCUUCUACUCAUCCUUAUGGCGGUCAUGUCAACUGGGUCAGCAGAGGUCAUUGCUGUCGCAUCCAUCAUCGUAUAUGACAUAUACCAGAUAUAUGGCCUUCCAUUUAGACGAAACUUUAAAGAUGGAAAUUGUAUUCUCUGUAACAAGACCUUGCGUAAAAUGGAUGCAGAACAGCAACCAUAUUACAAUGGAAAAGUUGAUACCAGCACUACAGAACUCUUCACAAUGCAAAAGGACGUAUGCGUAGAAGAUAUUGAGAAAGAUAUGUGCGUUUGCCCAUCUGCAUACGGAUGCCCAGAUUGUGCAGCCGAUCGCGCAAGACGGCAGGAAUUUAGUGAUACAAUUACUGAAGAACCAUACCACUGUCCGACUCAUGGCAAAUACAGACAAUACCAGGACAGCUUAAUGCGUAUAAAGAGUUGGAUUAUUCUAUGGUUCACAAUGUUUACAAUACCACUGAUAUUAUUUGUCGUUGGGGUUGGGCUGAAUUUGACCUGGGUGUUCCUGUUUACCGGCGUCCUUAUUGGAUGUACUGUUAUUCCGAUCGCUCUCUCUGUUAUCUGGUCUAGAGUGACGUCAGUGGCAAUGAUAGCAGGUGUUAUUUCGGGGUGUGUAUCGGGGUUAACAGCAUGGUUGAUUAUGGCAUCAACGUACGAAGGCGGUCUUGGAGAUUUCCUGAAGAACACAGGGAGAGAACUCGUCAUGUUUGUCGGCAACUGCUGUUCCAUCGGCGUCGGCGGUAUCGUCUGCAUUGUUGUUUCUCUCGUCACAGGCAAAAGCAAGUCUGAUAAAGCUUACGAAGAAUGGGAAAAGACGAGAAAUAUAGAAAACCCGUUGCACCCAUGGUCUUUGAAAUAUGCUGAAGAAUUUGGCAUUGAUACGAGUACGACUACAAUAUGGAGACCUACCCAGGAAGAAAUGGCAAAAAUAUUCAGAAAAGCUCGAUUGAUUGCAAUCAUUGUAGGAUUGGUCCUGACAGUUGGGCUAGUUAUUAUCUGGCCCUCAUCCAUGAUGAGCCUCGUUGUCCUCUCUGAAACACAGUUCAGAAUGUGGACGCAAUUCUCCCAGGUGUGGGCGUUCACCGCUGCUGUUUUCAUCGUCACUGUACCAUUCGUCCAGGAAAUAUAUGGUAUCAUAAAACAGGUGAAACAGAACAGAGAAAAUGCACAGGAAUCUUCUAAUGGUGAGGACGCUCAUACAGUAAAAAGCAACGGGGCUUAUGUGCACGAUCAGGAGCAGGCAAUCAGAAAGAGAAGUGAACAAGUGGAACAUCACACAGCAUUGUAGAUACUUAUAAUAGGUCUAGCCAAACACUCAUAUUUGGUCAUUUUGAUUGCAUGCUCGGUCACAUCUGUUCGAAAAAUCUAAUCGGAACUAUUUGGUUGCUUAUUCUAUACCCGUUUGUACAGGACACUUUCAAUGGUAAUUCCAUAAUUCGUUUGAACAAUGCAUUUGUGAAAUACUCAGCCCAUGCAGUUUGAACAGUUGUGGCUGGCACUACUCGAUAAUCUAGAACUUUUUUUAUUUCUGGAUUAAUAUCACCGCUUGUUAUUACCUAAUGUUUAGGUAUGUAUAUACACAAUAAACAACGUUAAGAAAAUUCAAAAUUAUUGACUUCAGGUAUGUUUUGCAUGUCCAAAUUUUUGUCAUGUGUCAUAUUUAAGCACGUGACCAAUCAAUUGUACAAUGCCUUAGCAACGGUUUGUCUAGCUUCGAGAAUUUGGAUGAGUUCGGCAGAGCAAAUUCAAAGUCUAGGAUAAGUUUUUUCAAAAAAUCUCUUUCUCCAUGUUCUCUCCUUACCAUAAGUAUAAAUUGUCUGAUUGUGGAGGUAGAGAAUGUAAGAAUUGAAAACACCGGAUAGUUGUGAGUUUGUUAGCGUAUUACAAUAACCAUUCUCGUUGCAAAUGUUUUUAGCAGAGUUCAGAAAAAAUCGUCCGAUGUGCUCAAAGAUCAUUUUAGAAUAUUUAUCUGGGGUCUGAGUGAGCAACCAGGUGUGAAAGAAAUUAUGGUCCCCUGGGGAUUAUGGUCCCCUUUCUAAACGGCCCUUAUUGGCCCUGAUUGUGUAUAAGAUAAUAAGGGAAAGGGUUGUAUUUAGGUCACCAUAUAAAUCAAUAGAGAGUAGGACCAAAAUUUGAUAGGACCACCUACCCUUUUACACCUGUGUAAAAGAAAUUAUGGUCCAACAGGGAUUAUGGUCCCCCCUUUUAAAAGCAUACGUCUUCAUUUCAUUUGGUGAAAGGAUGGCAAAGUUGAUGAAGCAGGGAUAAACGCACAAUGUCUUAUUUGAACUGAAUUUCAUACAACUAAGAUUUACCAACAAGAGUCCAGUCUCGUAAUUUUGAUAA